CCUGGGACUAAGCCAGCGUCUUUGGGCCUUUAAGUAUGCCUCACUCUCAGGAAUCUUUCUCGCACCCUACCUUAAGUGAAGAAGACUCACACUUGGGCAGUCUGCGGGCUUCUAAGAAAUCAUCGUUUAAGAACCCAACUCACCUUGCUCAGCAGCAGGAACCCUGGAGUCGGCUCAACUCAACUCCCACAUUUACCUCCAUGAGGCGAGAUGCCUGCUUUUUUGAUCCCAAGAUGCCAAAGGAUGAUCUGGAUUUCCGCUUAGCAGCCUUGUAUGACCACCACACUGGGGCAUUCAAGAACAAAACUGAGAUACUGUUGCACCAGGAGACCAUUCAGGAUAAGCAUGGAAGCAAGAUCCAGUUUUCUGGAGAAUGUUUCCACUCUCCUGCGGCCCCCAUCACUUCCCGGGCUAACAUCAUCAGACACUGGAUCAACCCUAAGAAAGAAUCCAUCCACAGCAUCCAGGGAUCCAUAGUGUCUCCUCACACAGCAGCCACUAAUGGAGGUUACUCCCGAAAAAAUGAUGGUGGCUUCUUCUCCACCUAGUGGUGAGAACUGGGUUAAUUUCAUCAUGGUGGGACAUCUGGCUGCCCCUUCUUCAUUAAAUAGGUUUGUUCAAGAUGAAGCCUGAAGUGUCUGCUGCCCAUAGCACUUUUGACCGCUCUUAAAAGAAAACCUCCUGAUUCUAGAAUCAAGUCCUGUUGCAACUUGGAAAGUCAUUUUGCCAGAAGGAUUUAGGACAGAACACUGGUUUGGAAGGGACACUAGUAUUUAGUUUACAAGUUUGUAAAGUCACAGCCACCCAGAGCCACAUUAGUGGCAUCUGCUCUAAGUGCAGGGAAACAGGAAGUAGACAUGGCCUGUUCUCUUAAUGAGCAAGUUAUCACUACGAUACUAAAUGCGCCACAUAGCUAACUGCUAAAGUCGCAUGAACAGAUUUUAGACCUCUUGAGUUUAGUCACCUGCUUUCCCCCUGGUCCUGCUCCUUGCCAUCCCCUAGUUUCUGACUCUCUACUGCCUGGAAGUCAACUCUCUUUUUCUGUGUUAACUUUGCCUGUGGCAUAUAUCGCCAGUUCUCAUAAGCAUUGUUCAAACACUUGAUGCUGGGAUUUCAAGGUCCCUAAAAUUUGAUGCGUUAACAUGGUUUCUAAUCUUACAAGUCACAGGGCUGGGGAAAUGGCUCAGUGGAUAAACUGCCUGCUGUGCAGGCGUGAGAAGGACCUGAGGUUUGGAUCCCCAGAACACGUCUACAACUCCAGUGCUGUGGGGCAAUGGUGGGCGAGAAAGGCAGGUCCCAGGGGCGUGCUAGGCAGCCAGUCUGGCUGAAUCAACUGAAUUCCUGGUUUUGUCAGAGACCCUGUCUCAAAUAAAUAAACAAACAAAUAGGCACACAGGAGACGGAGGAAGACACCCAACUUCAACCUCUGGUCUCACAAGUUCACACACAGAGGCGUAUGAAUCUACACAAAUAUGCACAUACACACACAAUACAAGUCACUCAUAAGAACCUGUUGUCACAAAAAGAUUGGGCAAAAAAUGGCCCAAUGACCUUUUGAAUAUUGCCCUAUGUGAUAUGUACAGUGGUAUGUGCCUAUAAUCCCAGCACUCAGCAGGUAGAGACAGAGGAAUUGCUAGUUCAAGGCCAGCCUGGGCUACAUAGACACUGUCUCAAAAAGUGUUUUAAAUAAACAAAAAAAAAUUAGUGUACUAUAAAGUUCCAUUUCUAACUAAAUCUGACACUAUUACUUCAUUUAUAAUUCAAACACAAAGGGGAGUUCUUCCAGGAACUACCAUAUUCAAACCUUCUAGUCUCCUCAGAUAUGAAGUUUCUGUACUUGGGAGGCUGAAGAAGGAAUAUCAGGAAUUUAUGGUCAUCCUUGUCCAUAUAGCCUGAGAUAUCUCUGGUAUGAUGCUCUGUCUCAAAUAAAAUAAAAUCUUAACAUUUUGAAAAUUUGAACAAGAAAGAAUUCUUACAAUUUCAUUUCUCAGGGCAGCAUUAGCCCGAUACCAGAUAAAACACACAUACAUUUAUAUACUCAUACACAAACACACUCACACAACUUAACACACUCAAACACACACAUUUUUAAAAAGGAAAAAUAGCCGGGUGGGGGUGGCGCACGCCUUUAAUCCCAGCACUCGGGAGGCAGAGGCAGGUGGAUCUCUGUGAGUUCAAGGCCAGCCUGGUCUCCAAAGCGAGUUUCAGGAAAGGCACAAAGCUACACAGAGAAACGCUGUCUCGAAAAACCAAAAAAAUAAAAAUAAAAAAAUAAAAAAAAAUAAAAAGGAAAAAUAAGGUUUCUAUCUGUAAGGAACAUUAUGGUGGUUUGAAGAAGAUGGGAUGGGGUUGAAGGUGUGUAUCACCUCCCCUGGCUAGGGUCAUAUAUUUGAAUGUUUCCCAGUUGGUGGACUAUUUUGAAAGGAUUAGGAAGUCUGGCCUUGUUGAAGAAGGUGUGCCCCCGGGGUUGGGCUUUGAGGUUUCAAAAGCCCACGCCAGGCCCAGUCUCAUGUCUCUGUCUGCCUCUAACUUACGGAUCUGAUGUAAGCUCUCAGCCAUACUGCUGCACCAUGCCUGCCGGCCUGCUGCCAUACUCCCUGCCAUGAUGGUCAUGAACUAACCCUCUGAAACUGUAAGCAAUAUUCCAAUGAAAAGAUUUCUUUAAAAAGUU